AUGGCGGAAGAUGUGCCAACGGGGGGCGAUCCCUUUCCCAACCCCAUCUCCGGCACUACCGACGAAGCAAGCUGGAAGCAUCGCCCGCCAUACAAGAUCCAAACAGACGAAGAAUUCGGCCCCGUUAAAUGGACCGGAAGGUGCCAAUGUGGACAGGUAGAGUACAAAAUAAAUCGAGAGAAGCCAUUGAAAUCGAAGUACUGCCAUUGUCGGGGGUGCCAAGUAUUGCAUGGUGCACCAUUCCAGUGGGCCACUAUAUUUCACAAGUCCGACAUAACGUUCACCAAAGGUGCUGAUGGCCUGGCCUUCUAUUCAUCUACGGAGAAAUCGAGAGAGUAUAUGAACCCGACAAAGGUGUCGUGUUCGUUCUGUCGGACUCCGAUCAUGGAUGAGGGACGUAAUGUUUGUCUUCUAUUCCCUGCGUCUAUUGACUAUGGGGAGACACAUGAGGAGAGAGAGAAGUGGAUUAAUGCAUUUGAAGUAGAGUGCCAUAUUUUCUACAGCCGACGGGCUGUCGAGAUCCCAGAUGGAAAGCCGAAAUGGUCCGAGUUGGAUGAUAGUAGCGAGCUUUUGGAUGAUUCGGGUAACCCUAAGAAGGGGAAAUCAUGA